AAGGUGACAAAACCUUUCUGGUGUCCAACAUGUCAAAGCACUUCAGAGGAGUCCUGUGCUGCUACUCUCACCAACACAACUUGCCCUAAAGCUGAUUUCUGCCUGGCUUUGUGGGAUGAAAAAGUCUUCACGAGGAAGUGUAUCAAUAAAAAGAUGCUUGGUGUGCUGACAAAAAACUGCAGGCGUGGGAGCUCCAUGGAAUGGGAAUGUAAUCGAAAGCGAAAUUAUCACGUGACGGUGUGUAACCAGCCAGGCUGCACAGCUAAUGUGACAGAAAUUUCUACAGAGAAUGAAAUCCGCGAAGAUUCUUCCUUUAGGUGCCCCACCUGUCCGCUAGGCAAGAAUUCCCAGCGAUGCGACAAUGAAAUGAUGAUGACCGAAUGUCCAAUGGCUACCCGGUGCGUGGUGCUGCGUGUGAAUGGUACACUUGACGUCGAGAACCUUUUUACGCGCAGUUGUGUAAAUGAAAAGAUAUUUAAAAUGAUCAACAGAGGUUGCAAAAACAGGCAUGGUUGUGAAAUUGCUUCCUGUACUCAGUCUGGUUGCAAACCGAUGCUAUAGUGUUGAGCUGACACAUUUUUGUGACGGUUAUGUCGUGAACGUAAUAUUUCCUCUGUUUUUUAUGAGCCACACUUUGAGAGCCUGUUAGGUGAAAAUGUGUUUGAUGCAUAUUAGACACUUUUUUUUAAGUAUGUACAGUCGUAUAAUACACCAAAUCCUCCUUUGUAUAUUUGAAGGCUCAAUUAGUUCAAGUUGUAGUGUAUUUCUAGAGUAAUAUAUCAAUUUUUCCAUCAACAGAGGACGCAAGCUAACAGCAUUACUUGUUAAAAAGUGGCAUUCACCUUGUCCGAAUCUGUAACUCCGAAUAACCUCCGUAGUAUAUGUUAGUCCAGACCGCCAUAUUCGGACGGCAACACAAUAAAAAUGUAGUUUUUGUGUGCAGGUUUCUCCCGGGCAAUAUCUGUAUGCCGCAGUAUUGAAAUAAAGAUAUAUAUUACCACA